UCUACAGAGUUGUGAUAUCUAUGGCCAUGGAGGAAAAACAGUGCAGUACGGACGACAAUUUUGCCCCAGAUCCAGGGGGGGCAGAGACCACACAAGAAACCCUAUGUGACCAAAGCCAGGAUAAAGUUAAAGGCAGACAGCUGAGUGAACAGGGCCGGUUUGCUUAUGCUGCACUGUGUGGUGUCUCUCUGGGCCAGUUGUUUACUGGACCUGACAACAGUGUUUUCAGGGAGCAGUACCUGCAGGGCUUGGUCCGUUGGCUGGACCUGGACGAGUCGGUGAUGCCGGUUAUGGGGGCUUUCCUGUCGGGCCUGGGCUUCGAGGGCUCCGACACCUUCCUCUCCAUCCUGCAGGCUGAACCUCUGCUGGCUGCAGGGGCCACCCCCAUCAUUCAGGACCUGGUGUCUUUUUCUGUGAAGGAUGGCCAGUACGACGCCAGGUCGAGGGUUCUCAUCCGUCAUGUCAGCUGUCUGCUGCGAGUCUCUCCACAGCAGCUGGAGGAGUUUGAGGAAACGCUGGGAGAGAGACUGAGGGAAGCAGGGGAGGAGAGCGAAGAGGAGUCUUCUCGGCGGCAGAGGAGAGAAAGAGGGCGAAAGUUACGGCGUUACCUCCUCAUUGGACUAGCCACUGUGGGCGGAGGAACUGUGAUUGGUGUGACAGGUGGGCUCGCGGCCCCUUUGGUGGCAGCAGGGGCCAGUGCCGUUCUGGGGGCUGGUGGCGCUGCUGCUCUGGGCUCAGCCACCGGUAUUGCAAUCAUGGCCUCCUUGUUUGGAGCAGCAGGAGCUGGAUUGACCGGCUAUAAGAUGAAUAAGUGUGUCGGGGCGAUAGAGGAAUUCGAAUUCUUGCCGCUCAGCUCUGGGAAGCAUCUUCACCUGACCAUUGCAGUGACAGGUUGGCUCUGCAGUGGUAAAUAUAGUUCGUUCCAGGCCCCGUGGUGCAGCCUGGGCGAGUGCGGGGAGCAGUACUGCCUGGUGUGGGAGUCCCGGUUCCUCCGGGAUCUGGGCUCGGCCAUGGCCUCUCUGUUGGACGGGCUGGUCAGCAUCGUGGCUCAGGAGGCUCUCAAGUACACAGUGCUCUCAGGCAUCGUGGCGGCUCUGACGUGGCCUGCGUCUUUGCUGGCGGCAGCCAGCGUCAUCGACAACCCUUGGUGUGUUUGUCUGAACCGCUCCGCUGAGGUGGGGAAACAUCUGGCACAGGUUUUGAGAAGUAGACAGCAGGGGAAGCGCCCCGUCAGUCUUAUAGGUUUCAGUCUUGGGGCAAGAGUUAUCUACUACUGUCUGCAGGAGCUUGCCAAUGACCAAGGUAGUGAAGGGGUGGUGGAGGACGUGGUCCUCCUGGGGGCCCCAGUGGACGGCUCUGAAAAGGCCUGGGAGAGAAUGACCAGGGUAGUGGCUGGAAAAAUAGUAAACGGAUACUGCAGAGGAGAUUGGCUCCUGGGGUUCUUGUACCGGAGUUCAGCGGCACAACUGUCUGUUGCUGGGCUACAGCCAAUCAACGUCCAGGAUCGACGCAUAAUCAAUGUGGAUCUUUCCUCUGUGGUGAAAGGUCACUUGGACUACAUGCGUCAGAUGGACACCAUCUUGGUGGCAGUAGGGGUUCCCACCAAAGAAGUCCCAGGAGCCUCCUUCACUCUUCCUCAGCCUGUAACAGUUACAAAGGGGACAGUGGACGUCGCUGACCAAGCUCCCAGUGAGACACAAAACCCAGCUGAGAGGGCUGAGACUUGUACAGAAAACAGUGGACACAUGAAGGAGGCGGAAGAGAACGAGGAGACGGGGGACGGCUGGGACAUCCCUGAUAUUUCAGACCUGCUGGACUCUUUGAAUGAUACAGGAGCGGAGAAUCAAAUCGCAGUCACGAACAAUUCACCACCUACGUCCAAGGACAAGGACACAAAUGACGACACAGCGUCUGCUUUUAAGGCCCAGUGUGACGGUGCGGAGGAGGCCGACCCCGAUAAUGAACACAUAUCAUGGAGCUGGGAUGAUACACACUGGACUACGGAGCACACGCACGAACAAAGGCGGCCGAAUGUGUAAAGAGCAUGUUACAGGACCAGCUGCCUCCUUCUCAUCUCCUCAAGUUUUCCUCUGCAUCAAAACCCAGAAAAUAUUUUUUACAUUCACAACACACUGACAUACGGCAGCUUCAAGUGAAAAGCCCCCAGAAUUAACCACUAACGGGUAUUUUUAGACGUAUGUAAUAAUUCAAUAACAAUUUAGAGCAGAUUUUGUUUUUUUUUUACGAACUGUAAAUAGUGUCGUAAUUUAUUUUCUAAACUCAAUGUGAGAUCAAAUACCUGUACAUAUUGCUUGUGUUUUGUAGGAUUCAGCGGAUGCCACAAAACAGGUGAUAGCUCAUCUAACUUUCAUCCGUCGGCUCAGUUGCUAUGGAUAUUAUCGCAGCAAUUGGAUUUCCAUAAGGCCGGCGGGCAACUCAGUGAAUAUGUCUUCUUCAAGGCCUUUCCUGUCUCUCCUCCACCUGUGCUAAUGUGAAGUGCUGCUCACUUUAGAGCUUACAUAAGGUGUUUACAUUGCUUACAUAGUGUACUGGCUCUGAUAACUGGACACAGCCUUAACCCUGACUGUUUUGUUUUAAUAAUACUCCUCUAGUGGUUUUCCAACAUUUCAUAGAUCAAAAUUAUUUUAAAUUUGAAUCUUUUUUUUUUUUAUCUUAAACCUAAAUGUUAAUAAUUGUCAUGAACUGAAUUGAGUCUCAAUACUUGUCUUGAAUCACUCUUCCACCAUAAACCUUCACACAACACAC